CCAUGUUGCUCAUUCUCCUAAUUAUUCUCCUCUCUGUUCCUUCAAAUUGUAUUGUUCUUUUUCAACAAACAUCCACUUUUCGGAGGCUUAAUUUGCCAAAUACUUCAGUAGGACCUGAAUCUAUAACCUUCGACUCUCUCGGUAGAGGGCCAUACACAGGCAUUUCUGAUGGCAAAAUUGUUAGAUAUGAUCGACGUACUGCGGGUUUCGUCGAUUUUGCCUUCACAUCAAGAAACAGGUCCAAGGCUCUUUGUGAUGGAACAAAUAAUCCGGCUUUGCGUCCUAUUUGUGGGAGGCCAUUAGGUAUGGAAUUCUUCAUCCGGAAGAAUAUGCUAUUUAUUGCCGAUGCCUUUCUAGGGCUGUUUAAGGUUGGACUAAAUGGAGGACUUGCGACUCAACUCGCCAAUGCUGCAGAAGGAAUACCCUUCAGAUUUCUUAACGGUUUGAGUGUUGAUCAACAUACUGGAGAUGUCUAUUUCACAGAUUUCAGUUCAAGAUUCCUGCAAACUCAAAUCCAACAAGCAGUUGCUGCCAAUGACUCAACAGGAAGGUUAUUGAAGUACGAUUACAGAACUAAAAACGUUACAGUGCUGCUAAGGCGCCUUUCUGGUGCAAACGGCGUUGCAAUCAGUUCAGAUAGCUCGUACGUACUUGUCGCCGAGUUCUUAGCCAACCGAACUCGGAGAUUUUGGCUACAUGGGACCAAAGCUUUUACGUCGGAAAUCGUGGCCACUUUUCGGGGAAUGCCGGAUAAUAUUAGGAGAGCCCCUUUCGGAAAUUUCUUGGUGGCAGUGAACGUAGAGAGACCAGCUGGGGGACCAAGGCUAAUCCCCACAGCAAUAAGAAUCAAUGGAGCUGGCCAGACUUUGCAGACUUUGCCUCUUGACCGAUACUACAACAACACUACUAUCAGUGAGGUUUUACAGUGUGGCAAGCAGUACUAUAUUGGCUCCGUGGAGGCAAAUUUUGUUGGUGUUUUCAACGGAUGAUGAUGAAGUUUAAGGAUUGGGUUUGGCGAAUUUAUAGGCUAGAAUGCCAAACCCUAAUAUAUUGUUGACUAAAAAUUUCCUUCCUGAAAACUAUAUAUAAUAAAAGCUUGGAUCUGGGUUACAACUAGCUAGCUAG